AUGGGACUUCUGUCACACCACCAGCUCGCAUGCUGCCAGUCUUACUGCGGCGUUCCCCUGCACGGCAGCAACGUGGGGAUCUACAGUAAUAAGGACUUGCAACAAAAGCCACUUUUGCUAAAGGGUCACCAUGGUGACAUCACUGCCAUGACUUUUGGAAAAGGAACCAGCCCUGUUAUGCUUUGCUCUGCGUCUGCAGAUUAUAUCAUUGUCUGGGAUAUUGAACUGUGCCUGAAGAGAACAGAGGAGGGGAAAGUUGCAGCUGGAAUAGUUAUUGGGACUUUACUUGGUGACAUCAUCCAUCUGUCCUUCAGUUUCUCUGAUGAGCAAGUGGCUGUCUGCUCAGGCGCAACUAUAUAUGUUCUCAGUUCAAAGAAACAGGAAAUAAUCGCAACCUUGACAGGCCACCUGGGAUCUUUAACAUCAGCAGAGUUUUGUCCCUGGAACAAAAAUAUACUUGUCAGUACAUCAGAGGACCGCACAUUUAAGGUUUGGGAUUUAAAAACUGAAGCUGUUUUCUACCAGUCAUUUGUGCUCACAGCAUCUCCACUGCUCAGUGUGUUAUUCAUGGUAAAGGACAGGCUCCUUGUCGCUGGCGCAGCUGACGGACAGGUGUGGUCCUUUUCUCUCAGUGAUGACUGCAAGUGCCAACUUGUGACAAAAAUGGACCUUCAGAUGGCAGAGAAACGACAUAAAGUGCAUGAUGAAACUGAGUGCCAUCAAGCAGGAAUUGCUCAACAAUCAGCUGUGAAUAAAGUCGAGACUUCAAAACCUGUCAUCCAAAUGGCUUCAUGUGGCCCAUUUAAAGGCAACUAUUCUGAUGACGAAAUAGACAACAGCUGGUUUUGUAUUGGAAGCUCUGAUGGACUGUAUGUGGUGGAUCUGGCAACCUCAGACCUCUUAGCAGUAUUAUAUUUCAAAGAUUAUCCCAACCUCAGCAUUACCAUGGCUGGGACAUGGUCAUUCUCUCCAGGGUUUGAAAAGCCUAUGAUGGUCUUGGUGAGCUCUUUGUUUACCCCAUGUGUGGUCUUGUUGGAGUUAUGUCUCAGCGGCCUAAAGAAGAUUGGAGCUGGUGCUCAAGGCUUUUCAGUGUUCCCAAGUUCUCCUCCCCUGCAUGAAUCCCCUCUCAACGCCGAGUUAAAGAAGAAGGCUCUAAACAAUCCAAAAAAGAGAGGAGGUGUAAAGGAACAGCCACUGGUGUUUCACUCAAAAGUAAAAUCAUCUGGAUACACAAGUGCCCCAAGAAGUACUAUGUUUUCACCAAAAACAAAUGUUCAGAAGAUUUCUUCCUCUAAAAAGACAAAAACUGCAGGAAUAGUCCGUGCUGAUUACCCAGAAGACAGUGCAGCACCAACUGUUCCACGUAUUGAUCUUGGCAUUGUCAACAAAGAAGUCUCGAGCCUUCAGUAUUCAGGGGAUGGAAAACAAAUCCUAUGUGGUCUUGGCGACAGCUCAGUGUUAUUGUACAAGUCAUGUCUAACUGGCAGCCCAACUACUUACAUAGGUCACGACAAGCCAGUUAAAACUGUGAACUGGAGUCUCAGCAGACAGUGGUGGUUGAGUGCAUCGGAAGAUCAAUCAUUGCGAAUCUGGACCCAUACCAGUUCUGAGCCUGCCAUUAUCAUGGGUGACAAAAUGUUCUCCAAACCCAUAAGAGGUGCUCAGUUUUAUUACCUCGACAAAUUUCUACUUCUGGCAUCUGGACCCUGUCUGUACUUGUACCUCUAUAACGUGGAUGUCACCCGAGACGCCGUCAAAAGAUAUCAGCAACGGAGCGUUCUCAGACUGGCAAGAUGCUUCACAACAUCAUCAGCAGACACCACCGCCCUGUGUGCAAUCAAUGAUUUCCUCUCUUACAUUGUUCUGGUGUGUGGUUCAGAUCGGUCCAUUCAAGUAUUGGACAUGAACAGAGGUGCGGUUGCGUCAGUGCUUCCUGAUGCCCACAGCAGAGCCAUCCACUGCAUCACGCAGAACAAGGGGUCAAGAUUCAGUACUCAGGCUCCGGAUUCAUACAACCUCUUCCUCACCAGUGCUGUCACAGAUGGUGUGAAGAUAUGGGACCUUCGCACAAUGAGGUGUGUACGGCGCUAUGAAAACCAUGUGAAUCGCUGCCACCCAUGCUCCUCAGUCUUCUCACCCUGCGGCCGGUUCAUUGCUUCUGGCUCUGAAGAUAAAUGCGCCUAUGUGUACGACAUCCGUAGCAGCAGCUACCUCCACAAACUUCAACGACACUCAGACACAGUGAUCAGCGUCGCUUUCAACCCUGCUACACCAGAACUGCUAACUGGAACUUUGGAUGGGAAGCUGAGACUGUUCGAGUCCAGGAGUGGGUCCCAUUUGUCUCAUGACGCCGGUGCUGCUGAGCAAAACGUCCCCAACGUGACUGCCUAAUUACAGAUAGCUGCUGCAAACACCAUGCAGGUUUCAUUAAGACCACUGAAAGCCACGGGCUACGAUUUUAAUGGAAAAAAGAAAGA